CAGGGAGUGUGGUGCCUGAGCCGAGUCAGUAGUGAGCAGUGCGACAUGCAUAACACAUGAGUCCCCGCGACGGUUUUUACAAUUCAGAUAAGAGUGAAGUGAGGGGGAGAGUGUAAUGGCAACCACGACGUACAUGCCCACUAGUACUGCCGUAUCGUCCGAGCUGGACGGAAGUGGAGUCGGUGUGAUGAAUAUAGUGAACGCGAGCAUCGGGGGUGGCGGCUACCACACCAGCCCCUCGCCGCGAGGCAGCGAUGGCGAAAUGAAGUAUAUGCCUCCAAGUCAGCAUCAUCAUCACCACCACCAUCACCAGAUGCCUACAUCGCCUUCGCCAAACAGUCAUCCAGUGUCUUUGUCCGCCGCCAACCCAUGGGUGAGCCUACAACCCGGCGGAGGAGCGCCGGACCCCUGGGCCACGAUGGGUAUCCACAAUCACCACGGACACCAUCACCACCCACAUCAGGCGCCUCAGGUGGAUAUCAAGCCGCACGAGAUGCACCGGCACCAACAGGCCAGCCACGGCAUGGCAUCGUCCUGGCACGCGCCCGUAGUCUCAUCGGCCCACUAUAGCACCGGCCCGGGCUCGCCACUCCCUCACCAUACCGCCUAUCACGCGGCUAUGAACGGUAUGUUGGCCCAUCACCAGCACCAGCCGCCCCAGCUCCAUCACACGCUGAGGGACAUGCAAAACCACAGCCCUUCUUAUCACCAGAGUCACCCAGACCAGCCCUCGGGAGGAGAAGAAGACGCCCCGACGUCUGACGACCUGGAAGCCUUCGCCAAACAGUUCAAACAAAGGCGGAUCAAACUAGGUUUUACACAAGCGGACGUCGGUCUGGCUCUAGGCACCCUCUACGGCAAUGUCUUCUCCCAAACGACGAUAUGCAGGUUCGAAGCAUUACAGUUAAGCUUUAAAAAUAUGUGCAAAUUGAAACCUCUACUCCAGAAAUGGCUAGAGGAGGCAGAUUCGACGACGGGCUCACCGACUAGCAUAGACAAGAUCGCAGCCCAGGGCAGGAAAAGGAAAAAGAGGACGAGCAUCGAAGUGUCUGUCAAAGGAGCCCUCGAGCAGCAUUUCCACAAGCAACCGAAACCUUCAGCCCAGGAAAUCACCAGCUUAGCUGACACCUUACAGUUAGAAAAGGAAGUGGUGCGGGUUUGGUUCUGCAACAGGCGGCAAAAAGAGAAGAGGAUGACCCCGCCGAACACGAUGGGAGGCCCUCAGGACGGGAUGAUGGAGAGCCAGAUGGGACAGACCCCGCACGGACUCCACGGUUACCAUCACCAAGACCACCUCCACGGGUCGCCGAUGGCACCACACAGCCACAGCCAUAGCCCGCCUAUGUUGAGCCCACAAACCAUGCCCAGCCACACCUCGCUCACCGCACACUAACGAUUAGCCCAGUGGGAUAUUGAAUACUCCAGACACAUCUCCAAGAUGCAGCUGAGAGGGGACUAUGUCUGAGGAGUGGAUCUAGUCUCCCAACUCUCCUCGACACAAUAUAUAAAUAUUUACACACAUAUAUAUAUGUAAAGGACUGUGAUUGUAGAGUGUAUAUUAUUAAUAUAAGUCUGGAGGUUUGGACAUUUUCAGAUCCUGCUGAGCGAUAGCCACUCGCGGGGGUGGCCACAUGAACUAUUAUUCAAACUGUAAAUAUACCGUGUUGUAUUUCGUCAUUGUGUGUAGUAACCGGUGGAAUACAUAUGAACUCUGUUUAUAUACUCGAUGUGUAUUUUCUAUACUGGGGAAGUUAUGUGUUCUAAUGAGCUAAAUGGUCGAACUGUCAUUGUAAAUAGUUCCAUAAUAAAUAUAUAUAUACUUAGUUGAAGACGCCAUGCCGUGUACAAAUAGUUAAUGGUGAGUAGGAGACUGUAGAUAGAGGAGAGGAAGAGUGUGUCCAUUGUGGACUGUGGAGCACACUGGACGGGACUGCAGCACCAAGGUAGGACAAAACAUGUUUCUAUGCUUUUGUUCCGCCAUAGCCAUAUCUGAAAUGUGUUAACAAGAGUGUCCCUCUUACCAGUUCCAUAGUGCAAGUGAUCCAGUGAUUACAGGCCGAGGAAACCGAUGUGAUUUGUAUUUGAACCGAGAUCGUGAUGCGAAGGACGAAUUUGACCUACCAAGAUGUGGAAAUCAAGAUCUUAAUAUCCCGGUUUCAUCAAAGAUGGCCAUGUCUUCGGAACUACUCGACUUAUUCAGAAACCGAGUCCCACAUUUUUUUAUGAACGUACAAUAUUUAUUGGUGUCUAAACAUUGGACGAAAUGCUUUAGGAUUUGAAUACAAUCUCACGGUUUUUAGAUUAAGGUUAAUUCUUAUUGAAUGUGUUGAUUUAGUUUUAACAAGUUAUUUUUGUAUAAAAACAUUUCCGUGACCGUCGCAGGUCAAUAAGGCGGCACUGCAAUGUACGAUUGGAAAAGCACUAUUAGGACUUAAUUGAUACUUGUAACAAUUUAUAUACAUAUAAAUAUAUAACUUUAACUACUACAAUAAUCAAAUCCUAAUUGUUAUGUAUAUUUUAAUAAAUAAAGUUUCAG